AGAAUCAAAAACACAGGGUCCUAAAUUGAAUUGGAUUUUCCAUUCCAGGUGAUUCAACCUGUUCUUCGUGUCCUAACCGCGUCAUGAUCGUGUAUUACAGGAAACUGGCUAAAAAACUUCUUGUAAUAUUUCUGUUGGCUUUUUUAGUAUUUUACCUUAGGAAAUGUUCGAAUCACGCAUCACCUUUAGAUAAUGUUCAGUACUUGAAGAAAGUAAACGAAGACUGGACGUCAACAAUUGCUUUGCUCAAAAAUUACUCUAGUCGUUUUACUCUGAUGCACAAAAGCUUUAACACAAGGGAUUCAUUCGGCACCGCAAAACAAAAAGCAAGUAUUGAGAAAGUUGAGUGCAAUCAACCACCCUUCCUUCUAAUUUUGGUUCACUCCAAACCAAAUAAUUUCUUAAGACGAGAAGCUAUUCGAAAUUCUUGGGGGAAACAAGAUAAUAGAGUUAACAUUCUAGGAAGCCUGCACAAAAGGUCCUACAAAACAGUUUUCUUACUCGGUCAAACUAAAGGUAAAUCGACACGACGAUUGGUGGAUAUCGAGUCACGUGAAUCACGUGACAUAGUGGUUGGUGGUUUUGUUGACUCCUAUGCAAAUCUCUACAAAAAAAUGCUGCUGACUAUAAGAUGGCCACUCCAUCAAUGUAAUGCUAAGUACAUACUAAAAACAGACGAUGAUUGUUACGUAAAUACAGAUAUCUGCUUAUCGUUUUUGAUUGAAUAUAAUUCCAAGGAAUCAAUGCCAUUAUACACUGGUCGAGAAGCAUCAAAUUCACCAAUUGAGCGUGAUCCAAAAAGUAAGCACUACCUCCCUUACGACAUUUAUCCAUCAAGAACACUGUACCCCCCGUAUAUAGCAGGGGAAGGCUACCUUUUCAGUGGCAGUUUACUUAAAAAGCUGGACAGGGCUUCCAAGACAACGCCUCUGUUUGCAAUCGAGGACGCCUGCUUUGGUUCACUUAUGAGGAAAGCAGGAGUUAAGCCUAAAGAUGACUUGAGAUUUAUGCCUUUUUUGUAUUGUUACUUAUUCGAUGAUCGAGAAAGCGUAUUUGAUAGGCCUUUGUGUGAUUUUGUAGGUCCUAUUGUAAUUCAUGGGUUGAGACACUACGAACAAAUUACCAUGCAUUUUCAAAUCAGGUUAAUGACGCUAAUUCCAUCUCUUUGCCGAGGUAAUGACAAUGGAUGGUUAGUGACAAGAAAAAAAUGUUCGUAACUUAUAACUGCUCAGUUUUUUU